AUGGCAACGCAGCGCAAACCUCUGUCCGCUGAAAGCAACGGUACUCCUACUACAGCUGAGACGCCUUCCGGUACCAUGCGCCUCCCUACCUCGUCUGCUCGUCGCUCGCCGUUCCUCCCUACGCGCCUCGAGGCCCAACUCAUCGCCAUCUACCCACUCACCCUCCUGCUCGGCAGCGUGUUCAGCACGCUAUCGCCCUCGACGCGCAAUGCACCCUACUCUGCGAGCCUACAGUCCCAUCCAGUCGAGUUCGCACCCUCGUACUUUGCGCAAAAGAAGAACGUCUUCAACGUGUACUUUGUCAAAGUAGGCUGGCUCUGGACCACGCUCGCGUUCGCCGUUUUUAUCAUCUUUCACCCCAGUUUCGGACAGGGUGCAAGCACGAGACGAUUGAGAGCAUUCUUGAGAUAUAGUCUUGUGACCAUGUGGUGGUACUUCUUAACGCAGUGGUUCUUUGGCCCGCCGCUUAUUGAUCGCGGGUUCAGAUUUACAGGCGGCCAGUGCGAGCUGCUGAGGAAAGACGACGCGAGGGAUGAUAUGAGCACCCCGAGGGAAUACAUCACGGCUGCAACGUGCAAGGCGGUGGGGGGCACGUGGAAGGGUGGUCACGAUAUCUCGGGUCAUGUCUUUUUGCUCAUCCUUGGGUCUUCGCUGCUAUGGCUCGAGUUUCUCCCUGCAUUGACGCGCGUUGAGGGGCUCAGGGACGGCAGGUUGAUUACCCUGCCUGAUGGUAAGGUUGCGAGUGUGGCCGUGGAAAAGGAUCUGGCCAAGGCUGAGGGCGAGGCUACCGCUCGAGGCGUCAAGUUUGCUCUCGGCGUUGCGGCGUUGAUGUGGUGGAUGCUGCUCAUGACCGCGGCUUACUUCCACACUUGGUUUGAGAAGUUCACGGGACUUCUAGUGGCAUUUGCGGGGCUGUGGACCGUGUACUUUCUUCCAAGAGGUGUCCCGCAGGCAAGGGCGUGGUUGGGCAUGCCCGGAAUGGUAGCUGUUACGGCGAGUGGAACGAACUUUACGCUGACGGCAGAUGGCAUGUCGUACCUUUUCCACGUGGAUACACAGUCUGGUGAUCUCAGAUCAGAUCAUUUUGGAGGACCGGCAACGGACUUUACGCCGCCAGCUCGCAUCUCCUCCAGUGGAUGGGUUGCUGGAGUCGGCAAUGCUCGUCGCGAGUUUCCUGAUAUUGGUCGUGGCGACUUUCGCUUGCCUGCUAUCCAUAUUCAGCAUGCAGAUGGCGACACUGUAACAGCACUCCUGUACCAAUCUUACGAAAUCUCACAGGGAAAGCCUGCGUUACCGGGGCUACCAGCGACGUAUGGAGAAGCUGGUGAUGUUACCACCGUGACUGUUCACUUGUACGACAACGUUUCGGAUGUCUCGGCCGCACUCCUGUACUCGAUCUUCCCCAAGUACAAUGCUAUUGCACGUAGCUUUACCAUUACCAACAAUGGAACUGCAAACAUCUCGAUUGAGAGGGCAGCGAGCUUCAGCACCGACUUUCCCAAUGUCGAGCUGGAAAUGAUCGAGCCUCAUGGCGACUGGUCUCAUGAGUUCCAGACGGUACGGAGACCGAUUGACUAUGGCGAGACUACAUUCCGGAGUACUGCUGGCUACGCGUCGCAUCUACACAAUCCUUUCUUCUCACUUGUAUCGCCCACUACCACUGAGUCAACUGGAGAAGCAUGGGGAUUCAGCUUGAUUUGGACUGGUAGCUUCGCCGCGACUGCUCAGCGCUUCUCCAACGGUUACGUACGGGUGCUUAUGGGUCUCAAUCCAAUUCAUGCAAGCAUCCCCGUUGGACCGGGCGAGACUUUUCAGUCUCCCGAGGCUGUUGGUGUUUACUCGUCAGAAGGUGUAGGAGGCAUGUCGCGGUCUUUCCACGACCUCUACCGUAACCAUCUCUCCCGCUCCAAGUUUACGAACCAGACGCGGCCGAUUCUUCUCAACUCAUGGGAAGGGUUGCAGUUUGAUAUCAACGAGACUUCGCUCGUAAGUCUUGCUGGUGAGGCAGAACAGCUUGGCAUCGAACUCUUCGUCAUGGACGAUGGUUGGUUUGGUACCAACUAUCCGCGCAACAACGACUCGCUCGGUCUUGGUGACUGGACGCCCAACCCUGCCAAAUUUCCCAACGGUCUCGGUCCAUAUGUUGGCCAAGUAACCGACUACAAGGUACUGAACGAGUCAAAGCCCAUGCAGUUCGGUAUCUGGGUUGAACCAGAAAUGGUCAACCCCAACUCGACGCUUUAUCAAGAGCAUCCUGACUGGGUUUUGUCCGCUGGAAAGCACCAGAGGAGUCUAACACGCAACCAACUCGUCCUGAAUGUCGGCCUGCCAGAAGUACAAGACUUCAUUAUCAACGCCGUUUCCAACAUCCUCGAUUCAGGAAACAUCACAUAUGUCAAGUGGGACAACAACCGCGGAAUCCACGAAAUGGCGCACCCAUCCGACGACUACAAGUACAUCCUCGGUCUCUACCGCGUCAUCGACAACCUCACCACCAGCUACCCCAACGUCCUCUUCGAAGGCUGUGCCUCAGGCGGCGGCCGCUUCGACCCCGGUCUCCUCCACUACUGGCCUCAAUCCUGGACCUCCGACAACACGGACAGCUCCGACCGCCUUACCAUCCAGAUGGGCACAUCCCUCGUGUACCCGCCCUCAGCGAUGGGCUGUCACAUCUCUGCGGUCCCCAAUCACCUCACGAAUCGCAACAUUAGCUUCGAAUACCGCGGCCACGUAGCCAUGAUGUGCGGUUCCUUCGGCCUCGAACUCAACCCUUCGGAACUCUCCGCCGAAGAAGCCUCCGCCGUCCCCGCCAUCAUGGCCGCCGCUAAAGAGGUAAACCCCGUUGUCAUCUCCGGUGACUUCUACCGCAUUGCGCACCCUGCGCAGUCAAAUUGGCCCGCAGUUCAGUUUGUGAGCCCGGAUGGCGCAAGGAGCGUUGUUCUUGCGUUCCAGCAGGCUAUGAAGAUUAAACCCGCUGCGCCCCCUGUGAGGCUCCAGGGUCUGGAUCCCAAGGCGAGGUAUAGGAAUGAUUUGGAUAAUGGGACGUAUAGUGGGGCGACGUAUAUGAAUAGGGGCAUUAAUGUGAGGUGGGAGCCGAUAGAUUAUCAGAGUAAGUUGAUUUGGUUGGAGAGGGUGUGA